AAUGAGAUAUGAAAAUAUGUACACUUUGUAAACAAUAUGUUUUUUCAUUCAAAGAUAUGAAUUUGUAAGGCUUUUAAGACGUUUUCUAAUGUACAUCCAUUCUGCAAGCAAAAAGCUAUCUCGGUUAUGUCUGCGAUCGUUUCAAAUACUUCCACAGUCCAGCAGAAACUUGCAUGGAAGUGACUUUGAAUACAAGAAAUUUCGUUCAAUAAAAGGAAAAUCGGAAAGCUCGAGUAGAUGGCUUAGACGACAAGCUAAGGAUCCUUUUGUGCAUAAGGCAGCCAAAGAUGGAUACAGAUGUCGUAGUGCAUAUAAAUUGCUAGAAAUGGAUGAUAAAUUUAAUUUUCUUACACCAGGAUCAAGAGUGGUAGACUGUGGUGCUUCACCAGGCUCAUGGACACAAGUUGCUUUGGAGAGGAUAAAAUCCAAUAGAAGUAAUGAAAGAUCAGGAAUGGUUGUUGCUGUAGAUCUUUUGGAUAUAAAAGAAAUACCUGGAUGCAUUACUCUGGGUUCUAGUGAUUUCACUUGCAAUGAUGUCCAACAGAGAAUAAUACAGUAUCUACCAGAAGGCCAGGCUGAUGUUGUAAUGAGUGACAUGGCUCCAGCAUCAACAGGACAUGGUAAACUAGAUCAUUACAAGAUAGUUGAUUUAAACAGAUCCGUCUUGGAAUUUGCUAAGACUAUAUUAUCAGAGGAUGGUUGUCUAAUAUGUAAACUCUGGGAUGGCAAUGAAACUGCAGAUAUUUUCGAAGAGAUCUCAGAUUGCUUCUCAUUUUGUAAGAAAAUGAAGCCAAGGGCAUCCCGAAUGGACAGUUCAGAAUUCUAUAUUUUCUCACGUGGAUUUUUAAAGAAACGUUAAUAUGAACUACUUAUAAUGUAGUCAUUGCAACAGCUAGACUGUAAUUUAUUUAUAUAUGUCUGUACAAGGUAGAAAAUAUGGCUAUGAACAAAGCUUUAAAAUAAGAAUGGA